ACGCUUGCCCAAUGCAACGUAGCAAUCUGGGGCCAGUGUUAUAAUAGUUCAAACCUAUAGGGUAAUCAUUGCAAUUUAGCGGAACCUCGGGGCUCAAUUCGGAAACCCAAAGUAAAUUUCGAUAGCAAAAGCGAGUCCGGCGAAUUCAAUCCAAACGAGGCGUUUGGUCGGACGCACGAGAAAUUGCAGCCUGAGCCGCGCCUCCGUCACGCCCCAAACAUGGCCGUCUGUUCGCUUCGAUUUCCAUUCCCACAGUGGCUGGGAAACCAAGCUUCGACUCUCCGGUUACCAAAGCCGACAACACCGCGGCUACUUCUCGUUGUUGCUCGUGCUUCAUUAUCGACGGCGCCGCUGCCUCCGUCUUUGUCGCCCGCCACCGCUCAAACAUUAGCUCCGCCGCCUGAAAACCAGACGGUGCAGCCCACCGCCAUCAAAUGGACUCCUUUCCGCAAGAAGAAAGUCGUAAUGCGCGUCGGUUACGUCGGUACCGAUUACAGAGGUCUGCAAAUGCAAAGAGAUGAACACUCGUUAUCCACCAUUGAGGAAGAAUUGGAAAAUGCUAUUUUCAGAGCUGGUGGCAUUCGUGAUAGCAAUUAUGGGGAUUUGAACAAAAUUGGGUGGGCUAGAAGUAGUCGAACUGAUAAAGGAGUGCAUUCAUUAGCAACCAUGAUAUCCUUAAAAAUGGAAAUACCUGAAAAUGCAUGGAAGGAAGACCUCAAUGGCGUUUCUCUUGCAAAUUAUGUCAAUGCUUUUCUUCCUAACAAUAUCAAAGUUUUCAGCAUUUUGCCUUCAAGAAGGAGCUUUGAUGCUAGAAGGGAAUGUAAUAUUCGCAAAUAUUCUUACCUCCUUCCAGCUGAAGUGAUUGGAAUUAAGGAAACCUUCACUGCAUCUGAAAUUGAUUAUCAUAUAUCAGACCUGAAUGAAAUACUGAGUUCUUUUGAGGGAGAACAUCCUUUUCAUAAUUAUACAAUACGAUCCAAGUAUCGGAAACCAAUACCUGCAAAACUGUUAUCAAGAAAGGAUAGAAGAGAAAGAUACCCCGAGAGACAUGAAAGUGAUGCAGAAGAAAUUCUUGAGGUGGAUGAUUUGGCAGUGAGAGAUGUUGAGGGAAAAAAUGAUGGUUCAUCACAAAUACAAUUCCUAGUUUCUGACAAUCAUCUAUCAGAAAGCUGGAAUGACAAUGGGAAUGGUAUGAAGGGCCGAGAUGCUCAUUUAGCCAUUAAGGCCAGAUGGUUACAUGAACCUGAUGAAAAGGACAAGCUUAGUUCUUCACAUUUUAGAAAGAUUUACCGGUGCUGCUGUGGAAAACUGGAACAAUUUCUUGGAAUAAAUUAUGUAGAAGUUUCCAUAUUUGGAGAAUCAUUCAUGCUGCAUCAAAUCCGUAAGAUGGUAGGAACUGCUGUGGCUGUAAAGCGUAAUUUACUCCCCAGGGAUAUUCUAAAGUUGUCACUGGCCAAGUUCUCUCGUAUUGUUCUGCCUCUUGCCCCAUCUGAAGUUCUCAUUUUGAGGGGAAAUAAUUUUCAGCUAAGAAACCAACCUGGCAAUGUAACAAGGCCUGAAAUGAUAACAUUGGUUGAAUCUGAAGAAAUUCUGAAGCCAGUUGAUGAGUUCUACAAUUCGAUAGUGUUGCCUCAGAUUGCAAAAUUCUUAGUUCCUUCAAAAUCCCCUUGGAAGGAGUGGGUUGAGACAUUGGAUGCAAAUACAAGCAUCCCAGAAGCAGAACUGGAUGAAGUCAGGAAUGCAUGGGAACUGUGGAAUGAAAAGUUUCAGCAGACUAGAAAAGGUGCUGCAUCAAAGUUGAGAACAAAACAGCUCAAAGAAGAUGGCAGGAGAAUAUCCAUUUGAGGGGUUCUCGUCAAAAUUCACAGCCAUAAAACUGGCCAUCAAUGGACUAAGCACAGAGGGGGGCAAUCAGGAGUAGUUCUACCGAAACCAGGAAGCAAUUCUGGGCAUCAUGUUUAAGCUGAAACUGGAUAUGUUUUACUUCAUACUUGAGCCUAUCUUGCAUGGAGAUGGAGCCAAACUCUGUACUACUGAAGACGGUGACACAUGUAUUCUCUCUUUUGACCGAUUUAACAGACAUACUUGCAUUGUUAGAAAAAAAAAAAAAACCUAUGUUCCAUAUGGAAAAAACUUGAAUUGAAUUUGUGAAGCCUCAUGUGGUCUGUGUAGUUAGAGCUUUCGCUGAGCUGAUUGUUAUCCCAACUUCAUUAUUAAUAAGAUUGCACCCUUUACCGUC